AUGGUGUUCGAACGACUGCGGAGAUAUCAACUUAGAAUGAACCCGUUGAAAUGUGCCUUUGGAGUUACUUCUGGAAAAUUCCUUGGCUUCAUUGUUCGACAUCGAGGGAUUGAGAUAGAUCAAGCCAAAGUUGAUGCAAUCUUGAAAAUGCCCGAGCCCAGAAAUAUACAUGAACUGAAAAGUCUACAAGGAAAAUUGGCGUACCUUAGAAGAUUCAUCUCAAAUCUAGCAGGGAAGUGCCAACCUUUUAGCCGCCUCAUGAAGAAGGGUGUACCUUUUGAAUGGGACCAAGCUUGUAGCAAUGCAUUCCAAAGCAUCAAAUCCUACUUGAUGAGACCUCCGGUUCUGGCAGCCCCUAUACCAGGAAAGCCAUUGAUUCUAUAUAUUGCAGCCCAAGAAAGGUCAGUUGGAGCCCCUUCGGCCCAAGAAAAUGGUAACAGCAAAGAAAAUUCCCUCUACUACUUUAGUAGGAUGAUGACCCCAAAUGAGCUGAAGUAUUCUCCGAUCGAAAAGUUGUGUCUGGCAUUGGUUUUCGCAAUUCAAAAGCUGAAGCACUACUUUCAAGCUCAUAUCAUCCGUCUCAUUGUGUAUAUCCCACAAAAAGCUGUGAAAGGACAAGCUUUAGCAGAUUUCUUGGCAGAUCAUCCAAUUCCUGAUGAUUGGGAGUUGACUGAUGAACUACCCGAUGAGGAUGCGAUUGUCAUUGAAGUGCCACCACCAUGGAAAAUGUAUUUUGAUGGUGCCGCACAUCGUGAAGUAGCUGGUGCAGGUGUUAUGUUUGUCACUUCUCAAGGAGAAGUAUUGCCAUAUUCUUUCACCUUAACACAACAUUGCACCAACAACGUUGCAGAAUAUCAAGCGCUCAUACUUGGGCUUGAGAUGGCCGUUGAUAUGAGACAACUCCAAUUACAUAUUUUUGGAGACUCUGAGUUAGUGAUCAAUCAAUUGCUAGGUAGCUACGAGGUCAAAAAGCCAGAGUUGCGUCCUUAUUAUGAUUAUGCGCAUAAAUUGAUUGGAUGGCUUGGCAAUGUAACUCUUCAGCAUGUGCCAAGGAAGGAAAAUAAGAAAGCUGACGCCUUAGCUGCUCUAGCUUCGGCAUUGACUCUUCCCGGCCAGACACAAAUCACUAUCUGCCAAAAAUGGGUAGUGCCGCCAGAUGAGAAUGAGGAUGAAGAAAGCAAGCUCGUGCGUUUGGUAGCCGUCGCUGAAGCUGUGAAGGUUGAUUGGCGACAAAUCAUGAUCGACUACUUAUGUUACGGGAUACUUCCAGAAGAUCCAAGAAGAAAGACCGAAAUUCGUCGGUGUGCCCCUCGCUUCCUUUACUACAAAGACACUUUGUAUCGAAGAUCAUUUGAGGGAGUUCUCUUGCGUUGUUUAGGGGAAGAUGAAGCAACUCAAGCUAUGCAAGAGGCACACUCUGGAGUUUGUGGAUCACAUCAAUCCGGGCCGAAGCUCCACUUCCAUAUUAAGAGGAUGGGAUUAGAUAUUGUUGGACCACUUCCAAAAUCUUUUGGAGGACAUCUAUACAUCUUGGCAGCAACUGAUUGUUUCUCAAAAUGGGCCGAGGCCGUCGCUCUCAAGGAAGUGAAGAAAGAGAAUGUUGCAAACUUCAUUCGAGUGAACAUCAUAUAUCGUUUCGGCAUUCCUAGUUAUAUAAUAACAGAUAAUGGCAAACCGUUUGAUAACAAAUUGAUGACCAAGAUCCGUGAACUUUUUGGCUUCAAGCAACGUAAUUCGUCAAUGUAUUAUGCUGCUGCAAAUGGACUAGCCGAAGCAUUUAACAAGACACUUUGCAACUUGUUAAAGAAAGUCAUCUCCAAGUCUAAAAGAGAUUGGCAUGACAGAAUGGAAGAAGCUUUGUGGGCCUAUCGGACGACUCAUCGCACGCCGACUCAAGAAACUCCUUAUUCUCUUGUUUAUGGAGUCGAAGCAGUUCUUCCUCUUGAGCGUCAAAUACCGUCCUUGCGACUCGCUGUCCAAGAAGGUCUUACUGAAGAAGAAAAUGCUCGUCUGCGCCUUGAAGAACUUGAGUCCCUUGAUGAAAAAAGGCUAGAAGCUCAACAAAGUCUUGAAUGUUAUCAAGCUCGUCUUUCUCGUGCUUUCAACAAAAAGGUUCGCUUAAGGUCCUUCCAAGUUGGCGAUCAAGUUCUUGCAGUAAGAAGACCUAUUAUCACCUCUCGCAAAUCUGGGGGCAAAUUCACUUCAAAGUGGGAUGGUCCAUAUGUUGUGCAAGAAGCCUAUUCAAGUGGAGCUUACAAGUUAGUUGAUGCAGAUGGCAUGAGAAUUGGCCCUAUCAACGGGAAAUUUUUGAAGAGGUACUAUCCUUGA